UCCUCCCUCAAUCUCGCACAUUUGGCCGAAUAAAAUUGCUUUUUAGAAUUUUCUUACCCCCACCUCAAACUUCCUUGUCCACAAGUGGACCGUCCACUUUCCCAUUGAAUUUUUGAUUGAGAAAUUCUAAAGACCCUCUUCUUCCUCUUCUAUAACUUUGCUUAGAAUUGAUAACAUAAAUAACACACUCGGAGGUUGAUUGAAAAUUGAUGGGUACCAAGAAAUUUCUGAUGCUCAAAACCAAUUUCGAUUUGCUUCAUAAACAUCUCUUCAACAGGGUUCUGUACGGAAACAUGCUUGGGGUUGUUGGUUCAAUAUGGGUUUCUAUUUGCAGAUGUGUAAUUUAUGUUUUUGGAUUGUUGAGUAGACACUUGUUCAGAUUGCAGGCAGAUGAAAAGGAAAACAACAACAACAGCGACAACAACAACAAGGCUUUGUGUUUCCAACAAGACGAACAAAUUGAUUCAAAGUGUUCACAGAUUCCAGAUAUUAACAACAAUGAGAGCGAAGAAGAAAAUGAUGAUUCUGCUUUCUUUGAUACUGUCUCUGCUUCAAGCACCAACAAGUACGAGUUCGUGUUUGGGAAAGAUAUUAAUGGCUAUCUGGAAGAACCAAAAGCUGUGAACUUUUCCGUUGAAGAAUUGUUCGUUGUGGGCUCAAGAGAUUCUACAAUCUGUGACAGCCAAAUUUCUGAAAUCCAAGAUUUUCCCGGAAAGGAGUUUCCGGGAAAAAAUUUAGAAACAGAGGAAGCUCAUUCUGAAGAAGCAGAGUACCCUGUUGAGAAACAGGGGCAGGAAAUAUUCACUGUGGAUGAGAUUCCAGAGGUUGAAGAAGACCCUGUUGAAAAUUCCGGUGACGUUACCGAGAAACAAGAACAGGGAAUAUUAGCUGAAAUUGAGCUUUCCGAGAUGGGUGAUUUACACCAAGAAAAUAGAUUUCUUAGCAACCAUGAAGUCGAAUCAAUUUCUGAUAGUUACUCUUCACCUUCUGAUCCAAAACCAGAGUCGUUUAGUCGAAUCGAUUUGUCACCGAGAAGCGAUGAAGAUGUCGAAUCCAUCACCUAUGAGUUUUCACCGGAAGACAAAGACGACGGCAAAGAAUCGGUACCGGAAAUUCCUACGGCGGUUUUCGGAUCAAAGGAAGAGAAUAAUGAAGAAUUUCAACCACAGAAUGAUAGGACAAUUCCAAAUGGAGAAUCGGUAUCCUUUUCAGCUCAGCAGCAUAAUUGCUCUGACGAGGAGUACAUAGAAUUAGAACCCAAUACACAGAAUUCAAUUCAGUUUGAUCGAAAUGCUUUGUCUGGGAAAGAUGAUUCUCAGGAAAGAAACUCUAUUCAAGACCCAGAUGAUCAAAAAGACAUGGCGUUCCAAUGGGAUCAUGACGAUUUAAUUGAACAGCUUAAAUUGGAAUUGAGAAAUGUAAGAACUGGAGGACUACCAACUAUUUUAGAGGAAGAAGGAGAAGAGGAAACGGAAUCUCCAAUCGUUGUAGAAGAUCUGAAAUUGAAGCCUUUGAAGAUUGAUUUGAAAUUUGAUUAUAAAGAUCAAGUGGAGGAGAUUCAGAAAGUGUAUAGAAGCUAUGCAGAAAAAAUGCGGAAAUUGGAUAUUUUGAAUAACCAGACCAUGCAUGCUAUCGGUUUUCUCCAGCUUAAAGAUCAAAUUAAUUCGUUAUCGAUACAAAAACCUCUAGUUCUAAAGAACUUGUGGCCGAGAAAAGCACAAAGAGCAGUAGCCACAGAUGACCCAAUGCUAGAAUUUUGUGGAAAAUUGCAUAAAGAGUUGGAAUUGGUGUAUGUAGGACAGGUUUGCCUUUCUUGGGAAAUCCUCUACUGGCAGCAAAGAAAACUCCAAGAGUUACAGCAAUAUGAUGCUCAAGAGUUUCAUCGCUAUAAUCUAGUUGCCUCUGAAUUCCAAUUGUUUCAAGUUCUUCUGCAAAGAUUCAUAGAGGAUGAAUCAUUUCAAGGCCCUAGAGUUCAGAACUAUGUCAGGAAUCGAUGUGUUCUUCGUAGCUUUCUCCAAGUCCCACCUAUAAGAGAUGAUUCUAGGAAGGAUAAGAAGUAUGUAAUGGAGGAAGAGAAAGAUCCAAUUUCCGGUGAAAAGAUGGCAAAAAUCAUAGCAAAAUCGAUGCUUACAUUCUGGGAAUUUCUUCGCAAAGAUGAAUCUAGUAUGAAUUUGAAAGCUGCUCAACAAACUGCAGUUGACCCUGCAGAGUCAAAACUUCUAAUGGACGUUCGUAAAGAUUUUCAGAAGAAGGAAAGGAAGCUUAAAGAUAUACAGAGAAGUGGAAAUUGUGUAGUAAGGAAGUUCCAAAAGCAUCAAGAUCAAGCUCAACUUGAGCAUGCAAUGUUAGUAGCUCAAGUGGAAAUAAGAUUGAUUUCAAGAGUGCUAAAUAUGUCAAAGUUAACCGCAGAUCAGUUAAUGUGGUGCCACCAAAAAUUAAACCAAAUCAAUUUUGAUAACAGGAAGGUUCACUUGGAACCUUCGUUUUUGCUUUUUCCUUGUUAACAUGGUAAUCAUAUAAAUCAGUGCCACAGUUUUU